CGUUAGAUCUCGAUCGCCAGCUCUCGCUGACUUAUUUUUUGAAGAUGAUAUUCACGUUUUCUAUAACGGCUCUAAGUUUUAACUUUAAGGUUAUCUUAUGUGGAUAACUACAAAAAGAGAACGAAGUGGCUGCUCCACCCUUUUGGUCUCGUGUAAUAAAUUUGACCGAUGUCUUUAGACACUCACUUCUCUCAACUCAAGUUGGUUGCUACAGAUCUCAACUUUAUUUUCGUCGAGUCAAUAAUAAAGCACGAGCCCCUCAACAAGACCGCGAAUUGUAAUUUGAAAGCGAACUACAAAACACCAUAUGCCUCUUAAAAGAUUUGGUUGUAGCAACCCGUUUUAUCAAAGAAUCUCUUGUCUAGUACCCGUUUUCAUUUCAUCAUCCAGAAGAGUGAUCUUCUGAGUGAUGAUUCGAGAAAGUAAUUCAAAACACUAGAAUUCGCAGUUUUGACCCCAAUCAAAGUAGAACCGAAUUAAGGUUCGAUCAAAAGAGCUACUUACAAAAACGAUUUCUAGUGCUGGCGCCCGCGAUUCCUUCUUGUGUAGAUUUUCAAAAGUUCUAGGUGUUUUACUAGACGACAACGCGUGUGAAACAAGUACAAGCCAAGAACAACAGAGCUAGCCGUUUCUUUGGGCCGACCACUACAUGCAGCAGAUAUAAAGCAUAUUGAAAACCUCGGCCUUUAUUAGUGCUAGAAUUUUUUUCUCUCACUCCGUCGCUCGCGUUCUUUCGAGCGCGAGUCGGGAUAGAAAAAUGUAGAACCAAGAAGAAAUUGUGUAGUGUUAUAGAUACAUGUAGGCUUAACGUG